GUUACACACCAGCACUCAAGCCGCUCUCUUUCCUAUUUCACGAGGCUUUUCUGUUUCUCUCCUCUGCCUGCCUUCUCUCUCGUUGUUUGACUCCCCUCUCCGCCGUCGUCGACUCCUGAGGAUGUCUGCGGUUCACUUUGUUGCUGUUUCUUCUUCGGCCAUCUCCAAAUGCCCCAAGAACCAUCACUCCCUCCCAGGCAUAGCACCUCUCUCUACUGUUGCUCGUCCAAUUUCUCAUUCUGCUUUCUGUGGCAUAUCUUUAAGGAUUCCUCCUCCAAAGGUGAUUCCAAGAGGGGGGAAUUCUUAUAAUUCAAGGGUGACUACGAUGAUGGUCAAGCCAGUGAUUCAGUUCAUCCAAGGAACUGAUGAGCAGACUGUACCAGAUGUGAGACUAACAAAAUCGAGAGAUGGUACAAACGGUGUCGCAAUAUUUAGUUUUGACCAACCUUCUGUUUUUGACUCAUCAAGUGAACUCGGAGACAUCACUGGAUUCUUCAUGAUUGAUGAGGAAGGUGUGCUCCAGUCAGUUGAUGUGAGUGCCAAGUUUGUGAAUGGAAAGCCUUCAAGAAUCGAAGCCAAAUAUGUGAUGCGGAGUCCCGGAGAAUGGGAUAGAUUUAUGAGGUUCAUGGAGAGGUACUCUCAAGCCAAUGGCUUACAAUUUGUCAAAAAGUGAGGCUGCAUACAUCCUCCAUUUUUCAUAAAUCUGACAAGCAGCUAUAUUUGAAUUAUACUAUCUAAUAUUUCAAAGUUUUGUUCAA